AUUCACAAUACCGGUAUUAUCUAUUUUUGUUUCAGGAGCUAUUUCUUCUCAACCGAGUACUUAACAAAGUUGGCCACCGAUUGUGGAUUCGAGGUGAAGACAAAUUCGUAUGUGUACAGGCGAACAGUAAACAAAAAGAAGACAUUGAUGUCCCCAGGAGAUUCGUGCAGGCAGUAUUUGUAAAACCACCUCAUAGUCGCCACAACACUCAAAUUGGUGCCCCAAAUGUUGAAGAUGAAGAGCUAAGCGUUGGUAUGACCUCAAUUCGGGACUUGAAAAUCCGUAUCCUACUUUAUUCAACAAAAGAAAAUGGACAAUUAUGGAAGCCCGGUUGGUACAUCUCGGUACACAUUGCGAACGUGCCGGCGGCGGUGUACGGAAAUCGCGGUGUCCAGCCGGUGGUGGUGUUCGGCAUGUUGGCGCAUGAGCAGAAGAUGUCCGUGGUGAACAUGGUGCUGAAACGGCCCAACCUGGUGUUGGACGAGGCUAGUGCGCAGGCGCCGAUCAAGUCCAAACAGCAGCUGGUGUUUCAGUGUGGCUACCGUCGCUAUAGGGCGUGUCCCGUCUUCAGUCAACACACUAACGGCAGCAAGCAUAAGUAUGAAAGGUACUUCCAGCCGGAUGCCACAGUAGUAGCAACAGUUUUCGCUCCAAUUAUGUUCCCUCCUUGCUCUGUGCUCGCCUUCGAAGAGAAAAGCGAUGGAACCAUGCCCCUAGUAGCAACAGGCAGCCUGCUAUCAGUUAACCCCGAUCGACUGGUGAUCAAGAGGGUCGUGCUGUCAGGUCAUCCGUUCAAGGUCAACAAACGAUCAGCUGUUAUUCGCUACAUGUUCUUCAACCGCGAAGACAUCGCUUGGUUCAAGCCGGUCGAACUGAGGACCAAGUACGGUCGCAGAGGUCACAUCAAGGAGCCUCUGGGUGAGUUUCAAGUCCAUGUAAGCCUGUGCUACCUUUCUGAAAGUUUUCUAUCACUGAAUAAUUGAACACAAUAAGUUGAG